GGACUGUGCACCCAUGCCUCCCACCCACGCACCCCUACCCACGUAACCCAACCCACGCCUCCCGCCCACGCACCCCGACCCACGCCUUCCACCCACGCACCCCGACCCACUCCUCCCACCCACUCCUCCCACCCACGCAACCAAACCCACGCAACCCAACCCACGCACCCCAACCCACGCCUCCCACCCACGCAUCCCAACCCACGCAACCCAGCCCACGCAACCCAGCCCACGCACCCCAGCCCACGCACUUCACCCUCGCAACCCAACCCACGCAACCCAACCCACACAACCCAAACCCACGCAACCCAACCCACGCAACCUCACCCACGCAACACAACCCACGCCUCCCACCCACGCACUCCAGCCCGCGCACCCCAGCCCACGCACCUCACCCACGCACCCCAACCCACGCCUCCCACCCACGCAUCCCAACCCACGCAACCCAGCCCACGCACCUCACCCACGCACCCCAGCCCACGCACUUCACCCUCGCAACCCAACCCACGCAACCCAACCCACACAACCCAAACCCACGCAACCCAACCCACGCAACCUCACCCACGCAACACAACCCACGCCUUCCACCCACGCACUCCAGCCCGCGCACCCCAGCCCACGCACCUCACCCACGCAUCCCAGCCCACGCACCUCACCCACGCAACCCAACCCACGCAACCUCACCCACACAUCGCAACCCACCCACUCCUCUCACCCACGCAACCCAAUCCAGGCAUCCCUACCCACGCAUCCCACCCUCGCAACCUCACCCACGCAACCUCACCCACGCAACCUCACCCACGCAACCUCACCCACGCAUCCCACCCACGCACCCCAUCCCACACAACCCCACCCACGCACCCCAACCCACACAUUCUUCCCGCGCUUUCCAACCCACGCUUUUUACCCGCUCACGCCAACCCAGGUUUUUUUUUUUUUCCAACCCACCCUUUCCACCCGAGCUUCCCACCCACGCUUCCCACCCGCCCUUUCUACCUAUGCGUUUUCCUCUGCGCGAACUAAAACAUCCGUGA